UUAUUUGAAGUUUCUAAAUCUCUCUCUGGUGUUGUUUUCUGUCUAUGAAACAACAGAAUAAAUAGGGUUACAAACUUUAAGUAACCCAAAAAUCCACGGUUACUUUGUUAUUAGCGUGGAGCUGCAACUGCAAACUCAGAUAUCUAAACCCUAUAUAUUUCUCUCUCCAGUCAUGAUAGCCAUACUCUUGCGGAGCUGUUAUUUCUGAAUCUUCACCCAGUUGCAGGUACGCCUUUACUCCCUCUCUCGCUGUAUUUCAGAAUCUUCACCCCAGUUGCAGUCUAUGUUACUUUACGGAAUUAAUCACGAUGGCUGCAAAAGUUGAGCAAGCAUCUGCAGUUGAAUCUCGCCGUGUCCAGGCUGCAACAUCAAUGUCUACUUCAUCAUCAAGUAAUCCUAAGAUUUCUAUGUUUGGAGCACAAUCUGGGUUUGUCAUUCCAAAGAAUAAGCUAUCAGGUUCCUUGGUCCCUACCAUUCGAGGUGGCGGGAAUUCCUUGGUCCCCAUUCGAGGUGGUGGGAAGUUGGACACCGCUGAUACUACUAAAGAGGAAAACAAUAAGCAAGUGCAAAGGAAAACGAAAUGGGGCAGUGAUUUGACUCUAGACCCAGCUGUUAGAAGGGGAAGAGCUUUUGCAUAUCAGACUCGAGUGGAACAAAUCACACGGCAACUGGAGUCCGGCAUUGUGGAAGAUGGAGAUGAUCAGGGCUCGAGCUCACCAUCAACUGGACGUGAUCCUGAGUCUUCUGAUCAGAAUGAUAAUGAGUUGACGGAACUUCAAUUAUUGGAAUUGGAAAAACAAGAAGCAAUCGGUGAAUGCAUACGGUUGAAUCCGAGUUACAAAGCCCCACCUGGUUACAAGCCAUUGUUAAGAGAGGCCAAAGUUCCAAUUCCUCUGAAAGCAUAUCCUGGCUAUAAUUUCAUUGGUUUGAUUUUGGGGCCUGAAAGCAAUACACAGAAGCGAUUAGAAGAGGAAACUGAAGCUAAAGUACGGAUUCAUGGCAUCAAAGCUGAUACAGGAGAGAAGAUAGAGAUCAGUCAGUUAGAAGGUAAUGAAGAUCAGAGUGUUUAUGGAGAUUUGUAUGUCCAUGUUUCCGCUGACACAUAUGAGAAAGUAGAUGCUGCAGUUGCCCUGAUUGAGCUGCUGGUGACCCCAGUGUCUGCCAAUGCUGCAACUACUGGAACAACCUUGGCUCCAUUUCCUGCGGAGGCAUUAAACAUGUCUGAUCAAAACCCCGAGGGAGCCCCAACCAGUUAUGUGCUGCCGGUUAACCAGGUUUCGCCAAUAUUGGGGCUUCACCCAUCAAUUUACCAAUUCCAAGCAUAUGGAAACCCUUGGCGCCCCGUAAAUCCCACCUCUAUGCUCUCUCCUUCAAAUUUCAUGCCCUCUCCAAACCCUAAUAUCUCUAUGCGCUUCCCCCCGGCAACUCCUCUCAAUUCUUUUAACCCUACCGCCUUCUUCAGGGGACGCCCGCCCUUGGGGCCCACAUUUGCUAGGCCCCACCAGCCUCAGAACCUAGCCCCACAAAGGCCACCCUUUGAAUCUCGACCAUCGAAUCAAGUGGGGCCUGCCUAUAACCAACCCAUCUUGGUCCCACAAUCUCAAACGAGUUUCCCCCUUUUGAAUGUGAGACCAAAUAGUAAUCUACCAUCUCCAUUUCCACAUAGGCCAAUUGUGGGUUCCUCUGCCUCCCCGGCAUUUAGACCCAUUGCACCCUCUAUGCCCAACUCACCCUCAACACCACCCCAAAACAGGGCAUUAGGCACAAUGCUCUCUACUCCUAUGCAAAACCCUCCAUUGCAGCCACAGAAUAGAACCUUAGCUUCUCCCUCUCCUCCCCCAACUAACUCCAGUUGGCAAUCAAACCCACCCCAUCUUGUCUCUCAUCAAACAUCAGGCGCUACAACUCAAGCUCCCCCAACUUCAAUGCCACUUCCUCAAGGGUCCCAACUUCUUCAAACCACCCAAUCUGUGACCCCGACUCCAUUGAAUCUACAAGAGGAGAAAGCUACUAGUAGGCCUGUGGCCCAACAAAAUCCAAGUGUGGUUCGAGCCAUGCAGGUAUCAGCACCUGUUUUAACUUCAGCCUUCGCCCAGCCCCUAGGAAUUGGGCAAGGGCAAGUGCCCAGUGCCACUCCCCCACCUAUUCCUGCCCCUAAACCUCAGCGUCCUAGCUCAAAUGACUUCACAUUCCAGACCCGGGUGCCACCACCUCAAGCUCAAUCGGUGCCCUCAUCCUCUGUGCCUCAGGCACCCUCUUUUAGGCCCCAAGUGCCACUAUCAACCCCUAAUUUGGUCACUCAACCCACCCACAUGCAACUACCAAACCCUAAACAGACUGGUCAGACCGAAGUGUCACUACCAAACCCCAGUUUGACCCCUCAGAGACCAAGCCCUAAUUUGACUCUUCAGACACAAUUGCCACUACAGAACCCUAGUUUGGCAGUUAGACCCCAAGUGCCACCACCAAACCGUAAUUUGAAUUCUUCUUCCCAAUUGUCACUACCCAACCCUGUUUCGGCUGCUCGGCCCCAAUUGCCACUGCAAAACCCUAGUUUUGCUCAGUCUCAAGUGGCACAACCUAACCCAAGUUCAAUGCCUCCCCCCAAAUUGCAGCUGCCUAACCCUAAUUUACCCACUCGGCCCCAGGUUCAGCAACCAAACCUGAAUUUGGCACCUCGGUCUCAAAUGCCCCAACCAAACCCUAACCUGGCUGCCCGACCCCAAUUACCACUAGCAAACCCUAAUUUGACCUCUCCCUUGGCCUCAUCAGGCCCCACAAGGCCAAGCCCUCAGCCACCCAUGUUGGGCCCCACAAGGCCAAGCCCUCAGCCACCCAUGUUGGGUCCUCUAAUUAGGCCACCCCAAAACCCUAACUUUUCAGCUAGGCCCCCAAUGCCUGGUUUUCUGGCUUCGCCUAUGGGGCCUCUGGUGGGCCAGCAGAUGGGCUUUGCCGGCCCAAAUCAGCAGUUUAGAGGGGCCCCAGGUCAUGGUGUGGUUGGUAGGCCUGGGUCUUCUGGUAAUAGUGGUGGUCAGAGCUAUGAUCCAUUCUCGCCUGCCGCAAUUUCACCAAUGCAACAUGGUAAUGGUGAGGAGAGGAAGCCGAAGUCAGAUGCUGAGUAUGACGAUUUGAUGGCCUCUGUUGGUGUAAAAUGAGGUUCUGUUGUUCAGAGAGAGAUGUUUAGGUUGGUUAACAUUUGCCAAUCGUGUCAGAUUUGGGACUUGAGAGUAUUUCUGGAGGUCUUAUUUUCGUUUCAUUAUAAUUGGGUAUAGAGAUCGUGCAUUACAGUCUCAGACUUUUAGUAGAUGCAUUAUUGGGAUGCAGUUCUUUGUGAGUUUGCUGCUAUGUAGUCCUUGAAGAUGGUUAGAUAUAUGCUUUCGGUUAUAAUUUAUCAAUUUUGCACUUUAGCUGCCCUUUAUGCUUGGCUUCCAAGAGAAUCGUUUUGGGAUCUGAUGAAAAUAUUGAGUUCUCUAAUGAAUCAUUCACGACAUGGUCUCUCAAUGAAUUCCUGCAGAGUUGAAGCUUCACUAUUGAUAUCCAUUGUAAACUUUGUGAAUAGUGACCAUCAAAAUUGUGGGAGUUCAACUCUCUAUCUCUCUUA